AGACAAACCCCCAAAUCUCCUCGAGGUCACCUUCCGGCACACUCUACUCCUUCAUCCGCAAGGCUCACGGCCUUUUGCUAUUAGCAAUGGUGUCUGUGUCGCCAGAACGCCAGAGGUCGUCUCUCGACUCGCCAGACUCGCCCGUCUCACCACAGUCUGAAUCACAGGGCGGUUUGUCGGGCCCAGCAUCAUCUUCGGCGCUUAUCCUACUACCGGACACGGAAGAACAAGAUCCUUACGACCUCGAAAGCGAUGACGACCAAUCCAAUGACGAACCCGAUUCUCAACUAGAAGUCCAAAGGCUACCCAUACCCCCUCUUGGCAGUGCCCUCGUUUUUCUAUAUCUCUUGUCACCAUAUCUCAGACUGGGCGCUUUGUAUAUCACCGACGGAGGAGACCCAAUCUCCCUACGGUAUGGACUCUUGACUCUCAUGUUUGCAGCAUCUCUUUCGGCGUUCUGUCGCCAUCUUUGGUUUAUGCUCGGUCGUUACCUCCACAAAUUCACUUUGGAAGAUAUUCUCAUCGAGGCAUUCGUUCGCGGUCGAGGCCAGGGCCGUCAGCAUAAUUUCGCUCGUUGUAUCAUUAGCAGCGCCGUUGCACUGUUCAGAGUAUUGCUAGCUGCGAUGUAUUUUCGGGAUUCGGUAGAUUCGGUGCUGCAAUUGGUUUCAGAAAGCAUGCGAUCAUUUGCGCUUCUAUACAUAUCGGCAUUCCUGGGGUUCUUUGUACUCGUGCUGUCCAUUCCUAACACCGUCGCUGCAAAACCGGUAAUUUAUGCAAGCACACUCUCGACGACUUCAUAUCUAGCAUGGUUAAUCGCGGUAUUGCACGCCAACACGACUGGUAAUCUUGACCCUGUUACGAGCUGGCCUCAGCGGGGUAUUCUGUGGAAUAUAUAUAGUAGUAUAGUGUUUGCGUGCACGACCACCUUGACAGCGCCCUUAUCAGCUUCCUUGACCGGUUCACUCAUAGUUUGGCCUGUGAAACGACACAGAACAAGACGGUUCAAAUUGUUGAACAUAUCUUCAGCAGUACUGGCAGUGUUACUCGUGCUCCCUCUUGUCGUCUUCGCAUCUUUACGUGCCAUUAAUCUGAGCGGAAGAACAUUGGCAAUUCCCUCUGAUGUUCUUGUCCCAAUUUUGCGAGCAACGACUUUAUCAUCGGCCAUUCCAAGUAUCAUCGUUUCGACCCCGACGCCCCGAUUCUUGCACGUGGGAUAUUGUCAUCCCCACCCGAACCCAAUCAAAUUCUUCUACGUAUCGUCCGCCGUCCUCCUCAGCCUAGCCUCAUCGUUUGUUGCAAAUACUAUCAGGGACCUGACCCUUUUUCUGGCGUGCUCAGGUACAUUUUUGCUGCCAGCACUGGCACACGUCACUAUCCAUUACCUCCGACGCCCCCUUGCCAUCGUUAUACCUCAGGAACCUCAUUCUGUGCCGGCUAGCACUAUAGCAGGAUCUCGAUCCGCCUCUCGUCCUUCCCUCGAUCCGCUUCUUCAGCGCAAGGAACGAUAUCUUCAGCGAAGACGAUUAGGAAAGCGCCUUCUGUGGGACGUUGGGAUAUGGCUGGUUCUGAUACCCACAUGUACUUGUGCACUCAUCUGGGCUGUGGGCUGCUUAAUGGGCAAGUGGUAGCACGAGUAGUACCUAGUCAUGUAUCCCUCAGCAUUGCUGGAAUUGCUGCUGUGAGUUAUCACUCUUUUCCGUGUCCCUUGCUGCUGUCUCUGUUUGAAUUUGGACAAAUAGAUUGUGAUAUCCCUACCUCAUUGUGAAUGUCCUGUAACUUGUAUCAGUUUCAUUACUUGAUGAUCAUACAGGCUUGAUGUCAG